CAACUCUACUGCCAAAAUUCUCUCUCUCUCUCUCUCUCUCUCUCUUAUCACCAUAUCUUUGUAAGGCCCAGCAACCUAAAAUUCUCAAAUUCCAAAAUUACAGAGAGGCAGAAACAGAAGAAGAAGAAAGGAAAGGGAAGAAGGGAAGAAGGGAAGAAGAGAAAAAGAAUGGCGCAGGCACGCACUGUUGGGGUGGGGAUAGACAACUCUUCAACCAGCAAAGCAGCCCUUCGAUGGGCCAUUGAUAAUCUAGUGGAGGGUGGAGAUCGCAUCAUCUUGAUUCGUGUUCAAUCUCCCAAGUCUGAUAAUGUCCAGAAAAAGCUUUGGGAACAAACUGGAUCACCUUUGAUUCCUCUUGAAGAACUUAGAGAGAGGACCGUCUUGAAGCAAUACGGACUUACCCUAGAUUCAGAGAUUCUUGAUCUUCUCGAUACAGAAUCGAGGACAAAAGGGAUCACAGUGGUGAGUAAGGUGUAUUGGGGUGAUCCAAGGGAGAAGCUGUGUGAUGCUGUGGAAGAUCUCAUGCUUGAUUCCCUUGUGGUUGGUAGCAGGGGCUUAGGAGUCCUUAAAAGGGUUUUGCUUGGAAGUGUGAGCAAUCAUGUGGUGGUGAAUGCCACAUGUCCAGUCACAGUUGUUAAGGGGACACCAGUAUCCAAGCCAUAAUCCCCCUCCCCCUUUGAGAGUUUGGAAGUCUGUACGUUCAUUAUAAGAACUUACCAUGCGUUUCUAUUUGGUUGUGGGGUUUUUGGAUGGUUUUUUUAACCCUUGUGACAUGAAUCUUUAAUUAACUUACAAUGACGUAUGGAAAUAACAGAUAUGUUUGCCUUUUGUAAUUA